UAUUUCGGCAAUGUAAAUAAUGUGUUUAAUCAGUGGUUUGUGAAGCUUGGGUGGUUCUGGACACUCUUGGUCGUAGGUGCGUUCUCCUAUCUCACAGCCCGAACAUACUCUUGCGGAAGAAUGAAUAUACUUCGGAGUAAUCUACUCCGGCUAGUCCUGGCUACCGGAGUCUGGUUCUCCGUAACAGAGCUAUUCCAGCUAAUUGAGUCUCGGACUGGGGUUUGUGAGGUUAUGAAGUACACUAGAAAAGAAUCGUGUUUAGCUAAUGGAUUUCUUUGGAAGGGUAUAGAUAUUUCUGGACACUGUUUUCUCCUCAUAUUCUCAAACCUUUUCAUCAUUGAAGAAGGGAAGGCGUACCUGGGUUGGGAACGAAUCAAGGAUUAUAUAAGACUUGAGGAACAUAAACGUCUCAGCAAUACAAAGGACGUAUCAGAUACUCCACUGUCAAAACUCAAGAACGAAGAAUUCUUGUGGCUUAGAAAAGAAUUCACAUCUUCCACACCAUAUGUUAGGAGUGUGUUCUGUUUACUGGCAGUUCUAACUAUACUUUGGGACCUAAUGCUCCUUUCGACACAACUCUAUUUUCAUCUUAUGAUAGAAAAAGUUGUUGCUAGCGGGAUAGCAGUUCUACUCUGGUUUGCUCUCUAUAAAGUUUUCUACAAAAACCCACUUUCUCCAGGACUUCCGGGGGAAGGAAUAUUUAAGCAAAUGCUAAAAGCUAUUUUCAAGGAGGAGGUUGUCCCUGAUACCCUCCAAGAGGCUAAAGAAUCUACCGGAGGAGGCUUGAAGAAGAGCAGCCUUGCCGGAGGACGACGAGGCAGUAUAUCUGACCUCUCAUUGGUCCGUCCUCUGGGUAGAGCUAGGUCGAGGUCACAGUCGAGGUCAAGAAUGGGAACCAGUAAAAGCAGUCUCAAUUUAAAGUACUAGUAAGACUCAAGACUAGUUCUGAAGGAGAAAUAUCCUAAGGACGAGUUCUGAAGGAGAAAUAUCCUAGGGACGAGUUCUUGAGGGAGAAACUUCAGAAGGGCAAAGUCCGGGGGUCCAAUAUUUUCCAAAAUAACAAUUUCUGAAACUACUUUUCCGGAAACUACUUCGUGCUUUGCUUUAAUCUCAUACUGCUAGGUUUUUACCCUUUAAAAUAAAUUAUUUGAUUAUUA